CAUCAUCAAACAAUCAACUCGUCAAACUUCUCAAGAUGUCAUUCUCAAAACUCAUCUCAAGACAAUCUACUCGACUCUUAACCAAAUCAAUCACUUCUUCUAAACCUACUCAACUCGGGGCUCGUUCUAGACUCUUUACUUCUUCAUCUAUCCAAUCCGGAGCCGAUCAUCACGAUGAUCACCAUGACGCACGCCCUCCGAUCAUCCAAGGUGUUGGUGCCAAGCCUGGUACCGUGCCUACCGAUCUCGAACAGGCCACUGGUAUCGAACGUUAUGAGAUCUUAGCUCGAAUGGAAGGUCUUGAACCCUUUGACAACAAACCUCUAGCUGUACCUCACAUGGGUACACUUGCUGACCCAGUCAAAGUGUUUUCACUUGAAAGAACUAGAAUUGUAGGUUGUACUGGAUUCCCAGUUGACUCUCAUGAUACAAUUUACAUGAAAGUCUCAGACUCUAGACCUCGUCGGUGUGGUGAAUGUGGCUGUGCAUACGUCAUUGAUUAUCACGGUGAACCAGAUGCUCCAAAGCCUAAACUCUCCGUUCUUCAUGAACAUCCAGGAGAGAAACCAAGAUUGAAAUGGGGUUGGGGUGAUAUGACCACUCAUACUGGUGGUAAUCAACGUUAAAUCUGAACAUCAAGACUUUCUCUUUAAUUGUUUGUCUUUUUGUUUCUUUUAACUCAUUCACUACCAUAUAUUUCUCAGAGUAUCAAAAUUUCAAUUCAAAAGAGUUAUUGAUCUGCCUU